AUGAUUAAAACGUCACUGUCACUACUUUUGGUGCUCGUGGCCGCGUCUUUUACAUUUGGCAAAUACACCCCAAAGACGGGCAAGAGGAAUCCUCAGACUCUGUCCAGAGGAUGGGGUGAUCAGCUGAUCUGGGCUCAGACAUAUGAGGAAGCACUUUACUGGGCGAGGUCAAGGAACAAGCCUUUGAUGGUCCUCUUUCACCUGGAGGACUGUCCUCACUCCCAAGCGCUGAAGAAAGUGUUCGCAGAGGACAAUGAGCUUCAAAAAAUCCUUGAUGAGGACUUUGUUGUACUCAACUUGAUGUAUGAAACCACAGACAAACAUCUCUCCCCAGAUGGACAGUAUGUUCCCAGAAUCAUUUUUGUUGACCCCUCAAUGACGGUGAGAGCUGACAUCACCGGUCGCUAUGCUAACCGCUUGUAUGCCUACGAGCCAACUGACCUCAAACUCUUGAUCAGCAACAUGCAGAAGGCCAAGAAACUCCUCAAGUCGGAGCUUUGA